AUGCUGCCCUCAUCUAGGGGCUCUAUGGAUGUGGAAGGUACAGGUAAUGAAGCUGCUGCAGAGACCAUGGAUGCGACCUUCAAGAACUACAUGGAAAAACUAAGAACAUCGGACGCACCUACAACAAAAAAGAAAAGAGUCAAAGUGGCAGUUCAACCCGGAAAGAGCAUUGAUGUCGCUGAUUUUCAACCUGAGAUACCUGCUGGCGAUGAUAAUUCUUCAGCAGGACGUGAAAACAGUAGAAAAGGACAGAAAAAAGGAAGGAAGCAUGACGAGCAAUCAGAGUCAUCUACAGAAGAGACAUCUACAGAAGAGACAUCUACAGAAGAAACUGAGCCAGCCAUGGAUGAAAUAGAACUGCUGGAAACUUUGAUGGGCUCUGACUUAUCAGAGCUCUCGGAUUUCGACGAUUCUGAUAGAGAUCCAGACUAUGUUACAGUAUUUGAAAGUGAAAGUUCUGAUGACAAUGAAGUGCCCAAUAUUCAAAAUCGUGAUCGUGUUACUAAUCAACCUCAUGAAAGUGAGAAUGAAGACAGCAAUGAUAGACCAAAUGUUCAAGAUCAGGCUAGUGAUGAUGGAGAUGACAUUGGUGCAAUAACCUGGGGUCCAGAUGAUAGUAAUCGUAAUGAUUUCCCAUAUAAUAAGGACAAUAUUGAUGUGAGAAUAAAUCCAGACCUCUAUGACACAUUGUCUGAAGACCUAGAAGACCUCCAGGAAGAAAAUGCCAAACCUACUGCUGAAACAAAAAAAAAAGAAUGGAAAGCAGAAGAUUUCACCAUUGAUAACUUUGUUAUUGUGGUCUACAAUGGACAAAAGUACCCUGGGAAAAUAGUAAAAAUUCUUGAUAAUGGCCCAGUGGUUGAGUGCAUGGAGAAAAAACUGAAAUUCUGGCGCUGGCCUGAGAAGCAAGACUGCAUGGAGUAUGACUGGGAUGACAUUUGCGAGAAAAUAAAUCCACCAAAAGUUGCCUCGAAGAGGAACCAGUUCGCAGUUCCAGAACUGGAUAAUUUUGUUAAAUAA